AUUUCUCCCGGCAUUCGAAAACAGGUUCUCGUGCUGAGCAGCUGCUGAAAUUUUCGUUCUUGUUUUAUUCAAGUCCUUUGUCCCUUCAACUCGUUUUCCCCUCUUCCUGAAGUACCAGUUCUCAGACAUGAUUUGGUCUUCGGUCAUAGUUCUAGCGUUGGCUUUGCUGCCAGCUACGCUUGCGUUUCCUCGCUUCCUUCCUGACAUACCUAAUGUGGGAGCCGUCCAAGGCUUGUCGAAUUCACUGGUACCUUCCCCGUCCGGCGUGGCUGGCGUUGUUUGCCAGUCAAUUGGACAUAGAGCGUCAUGUGAUGGCGCUCCAUCUCGAAGUGGAAAUCUGUUUGGAAGGGCAUUCGUUAUUGGUGAAGAGUCGUGGGCUGCCGUAUGCAACAUGGAUAGUGAUGGUGAUGGCUUGACAAAUGGCAUGGAGCUGGGAGAUCCUGGCUGCACGUUCGUGGCUGGACAAACACCCGAACGUACUACGAACCUCAGUAAUCCAGCAUUUGCCUGCUCAACCACGGCCAAUCCUUUCUGCUUGCCUGUCACUACCGCAGCAACAGCAGCAACGGAACAAGCAACCACCUAUAUAGCAACCACUGAACCAGCAACGAUCGUAACAAGCAUUAAUGACACGUCCGUUGAUGUCACCUCGGCUACUGAAGUCAUGACAACAGGUGGUCAGUCAGCCCUUGCUACCAUUCCUAGCAUGGUGUUGCUGGCCCUGAUCCUGGCAGCCAUGCUGUUGCACUAGUCACAACACAGAGUGGCUGCUGGCA